AAAUCGUUAGGUGGUGAAGACAUAUCUGCUGAAAUAUUACUUACUCAAAUGAAAAAUUAUCAUGAAUUUGUAAAACCAUAUAAUAACUAUUGGGUGAAUAAUACUAAUAUAUUAACUAGUGUAAAAGAAUUUUUUCUGUACUUCAGUAGUUCUAUAGUCAAAGAAG